CAACGCUCGCCGAGCACUCAAUGUCAAAAUUUCGGCUCGUUUGAAACAAACAAAAUAGUUAUUUUUCGGGCUUUAGUUCUCACGUUUAGCACUGCAUUAUUCCCAACAUUUUUUGCCUAAAGGUUUGGGGUACAAAAUUCAUAGCUCAUUGCAAUGUUUCGAGUUGGCAAGCUGACGGGCAGCCUGUCUGAGGUGGCCACUAAGGAAGCGGGACCGGUGCGUUUUCAGCGGCGCUGCAUUCAGGCGAGGGGUCUCUUGCCGGGAUUGGCUAGUAGAACGCCGGGAACGCUAUCGGCGACGGCCCAGGUAACUGGUGGCAGCAAGCAGAAGUUCCAGCCCCAGUCCCAGACCACCGGCAGUGGUCCCGAGGCACAGAACAGCCGCUGGCCGAAGAAGGUGUUCAGUGGCAUCCAACCCACGGGAUCCCUGCAUCUGGGUAACUAUCUAGGCGCCGUGCGCAAGUGGGUGCAGCUGCAGAAUGCCCGCGAUGAUGUCACCGUCUGCAUCGUGGACCUGCACUCCAUCACCAUGCCCCACAAUCCGCCCCUGCUGCGCGAAAACAUCUUCACCAUGGCCGCCACGCUGCUCGCCUGCGGCAUCGAUCCCGCCAAGAGCACGCUCUUCGUCCAGUCCGCCGUCGCCGAGCACGCCGAGUUCAACUGGAUCCUUAGCUCGAUGACCACGAUGCCGCGUCUGGCUCAACUGCCACAAUUCCGGGAGAAGUCCCGCCUGCUCAAGGAUGUCCCGCUGGGCUUGUACGUCUAUCCGGUGCUCCAAGCAGCCGAUAUUAUGCUGUACAAGGCCACCCAUGUUCCUGUGGGCGCUGAUCAGAUACAGCACAUCCAGCUGGCCCAGCACUUGGCCAAAACCUACAACGGUCGCUAUGGCGAGACCUUCCCUGUGUGCCACGCUAUCAUCGAGGAUGGAGACGCCUCCCGGGUGCUGUCCCUUCGAGAUCCCUCCAAAAAGAUGUCGAAAUCGGAGGCAAAUCCCAAAGCCACCAUAAAUCUAUGCGAUUCGCCUGAGCUGAUCACGCAGAAGAUAAAGAAAGCCGUCACAGAUUUCACCUCGGACAUCACCUAUAAUCCUGGCAAGCGAGCCGGCGUGAGCAACCUGGUCAACAUCCACUCGCAGGUCACCGGGCAGUCGAUUGAGUCGGUGGUGGACGAGGCCGCCACCCUGGACACGGCCAAGUACAAGGACCGUGUGGCGGAGGCUGUGGUCGAGCACUUGCGUCCGAUCCGGGAGCAGAUCCUCCAUCACAUGACCAGGCGCAACGAGAUGGUCUACUUGCUGGAGGUGGGGGCGGAAAAGGCGCGUCAGCAGGCACAACAGACGAUGAGCGAUGUGAAGCAGCGUCUGGGACUGGGCACCAGUGUCAAUAUACCGGCUGCGGUGCAAGUGGCACCGCUUCUGCCCACGCCUGAGGUUCCCAAGACCUCGGCCAGUAGGCAAAUGUCCAAGGAAUUUGACGGCAAUGUCCACGAGCGCCACGAGCGGAUGUACGGCUUCGGGGAUCAGCCAAGCGGUGGAGCUGGCAAGUCGCCCACCGGAGAACUGCCGGAGAUCUCUCAGGCGACGAUGCCGCGAGUGUCCCGUCGUCCGCCCGUCGUGCCCGCCCAGUCCCUGCGCGUGGAGAAGCAACUGGGCAGCACCCGGACACGUCACGUCUUCCAGAUGGACACCUGCAAUGCCCCUCACAUUGGCUUCAAGCCGCCACCGGGAUUUUCUCCCAACUUAGUCACUGGCGGACUGACAAAAGUCAAACGCCCGACAGUAAAACCCGUUCCCGGCAGCAUGGGAUUCGGGCAGCAGGCGCAGGGAGCCUUGUCCAAUCAAGGCCAGAACGUUAACCCCAGUGCAGUGUCCACCAUUGCACGUGAAGUGAAUGCCGCCAAGAAGCAGGAGUUCACCUGCAACCCUGCCUUCUACGCAUCUGCCCUUGACUCACAUCAGAGUUCGACUCGCACCAGCGAAAAGAGCUCCUCCAAGGCGACAGAUAGUGAUUUUAUUAUUGUUGCUAAUGAUGAGGAGGAGCAGGCCUCCUCCCAAGAGCAACACGAGGAGGCUGAAGAGGAGGAGGUCGUUGAGCGGGAAAGGGACAGCAGCGAGCGCAAAGCCAGCGAAGCUACCAAAGUCGAAAUAUAACUCUUGGAAACAUUGCAAUUGUUAUUAGUGUAGUACAAGUAUACUUAGAUAACAAUAUUUCUGUCAAA